CUCGUAUCCAGUCCCUCAUCGUAAAAAUCUCUUGGUGCCUCCAGUUACCAUGAAGGAAAGCGAGGUUGGACCAAUCACCACAGGAACCGUCGAUUUCCAUGUCGGAGGCCGUGUCUUCAAGACGUGGUACAGGAUCGUUGGAGUUUUGAAGAGCAGCAAGACGCGACCACUUGUUAUCCUCCAUGGCGGUCCUGGCAUGAAUUAUCUCUACAUGAGCCCUCAUGAUAGAUUGUACCAAGAUGCCGAGAUUCCCGUUGUUUACUACAACCAGAUCGGCCUACGUGAUUAUCCUGACUCCCCGGCCGAAUUCUGGACGAUAGAUUUGUUCAACGACGAGCUCGAAAACCUCCUGAAAUGUUUGGAUAUCGAGGACGAUUUUGAUUUGUUGGGACAUUCCUGGGGAGGCGUAUUUGGGAGCGACUAUGCGGCUAGGCGCGAACAUCCAGGGCUCAAACACCUAGUCCUUGCUAACACAUUCUGUGCGGCCAAACUCUAUGUUAGCGGUGUGGAAUUUUGGAUCGAACAAUUACCUCCUGCUCUGUCGGACAUCAUGAAGAAUAAGGACAAAUACACUAAAGAAGAAGUAGACAAGGCGAACGAAGUUUACAACAACUUGCAUAUAUGCAGUUUAAAGCCAUGGCCAGCGGAUUUGUUAUCCUCUCUCGCCCAUAGCAACGGCAACAGUCAUCCCGAUUUUAGGAUGAGAAAACGGCUGAACAGCUGGAAUGUCAUUGAUGAUUUGCACAAGGUUUCCUGCCCAACUCUUCUCCUCAGUUCCCCCGACGACGACAUGUGGGCGCCUGCAGUGCGGCCGUUUUUCGACCAUAUCCCCAAUUGCAAAUGGGUAGACAUGGAGACCGCAACACAUUUACCCAUGUAUGAAGAUCCCGAGAGGUACUUCGAUAUUUUGCGUACUUUUUUAACUGAAGUCUAGGUUGCAUCGAUUAUGCUGUAAAGGUACCCCGGCGGGCCUGUAGUACUGUAUAUCGCCGACAAUGAACCGACCUUGAACAACCAG